UCCUCCUCGAUUUCGCCCCGUCCUUCCGCAAUGAAGAAGAACGACGACAGCAGCAGCAGCAGCAAGCAGCAGCAGCAGAAGCAAGACCCGCCAUCGGAAUCGACCCCCCCGCACCCGCACCCGCACCCGGCGGCGGCGGCGGCGGCGAAGCCGGCGAGCACGGUCCUGCCGUACCAGACCCCGCGGCUGCGGGAUCACUACGCCCUGGGCAAGAAGCUGGGGCAGGGGCAGUUCGGGACCACCUACCUGUGCACCCACAGGGUCACCCGCGGACCCUUCGCCUGCAAGUCCAUCCCCAAGCGGAAGCUCCUGUGCCGGGAGGACUACGAGGACGUGUGGCGGGAGAUUCAGAUCAUGCACCACCUCUCCGAGCACCCCAACGUCGUCCAGAUCAAGGGCACCUACGAGGACGCCAUGUUCGUCCACAUCGUCAUGGAGCUCUGCGCCGGCGGGGAGCUCUUCGACCGCAUCAUCCAGAAGGGCCAUUUCAGCGAGCGCGAGGCCGCCAAGCUGAUCAAGACCAUCGUCGGCGUCGUCGAGGCGUGCCACUCCCUCGGGGUCAUGCACCGGGACCUCAAGCCCGAGAAUUUCUUGUUCGAUAACCCCGACGACGAUGCCAAGCUCAAGGCCACCGAUUUUGGGUUGUCCGUCUUCUACAAGCCAGGAGAAGCCUUUUCUGAUGUUGUUGGAAGUCCGUAUUAUGUUGCGCCAGAGGUUCUGCGUAAGCAUUAUGGACCUGAAGUAGAUGUAUGGAGUGCUGGUGUAAUCCUCUACAUUCUACUGAGUGGAGUUCCACCCUUUUGGGCAGAAACUGAAUCUGGGAUCUUCAGACAGAUACUGCAAGGAAAAUUAGAUUUUGUCUCUGACCCUUGGCCUAGCAUCUCAGACAGUGCGAAGGAUCUGAUAAAGAAGAUGCUUGAAAGAGACCCUAGGAAAAGAUUAUCUGCUCACGAAGCUCUGUGUCACCCGUGGAUUGUUGAUGACAGAGUUGCCCCUGAUAAACCUCUUGAUUCAGCUGUUUUGUCACGCCUGAAGCAGUUCUCAGCCAUGAACAAACUUAAAAAGAUGGCAUUGCGUGUGAUAGCAGAAAGACUUUCGGAGGAAGAAAUUGGGGGCUUGAAAGAGCUCUUUAAAAUGAUAGAUACAGACAAUAGUGGCAGCAUAACAUUCGAGGAACUAAAGGACGGGUUGAAGAGAGUAGGCUCUAAUCUUAUGGAGUCCGAGAUCAGGGAUCUUAUGGAUGCGGCUGAUAUUGACAACAGUGGAACAAUAGACUAUGGCGAAUUUCUCGCUGCUACGUUGCAUCUAAAUAAGAUGGAGCGAGAGGAGAAUCUUGUAGCAGCUUUUGCUUACUUUGACAGAGAUGGUAGUGGUUAUAUCACCACUGAUGAGCUUCAGCAAGCUUGUAAAGAUUUCGGUCUUGGUGAUGUUCAUCUUGAUGAGAUUAUUAAAGAAAUUGACCAAGACAAUGACGGUAGAAUAGAUUAUGGGGAGUUCACUGCUAUGAUGAGACAGGGUGAUGGUGGAAUGGGCAGGAGCAAAACCAUGAGAGGCAACUUGAACUUCAAUCUCGCUGAUGCUUUUGGAGUAAAGGACUCGGUGUAAGGUGCUGAUAUAACCAUCUAUUAUAUAGUUGAGGAUAAUGUGAUGUUAGGACGUACAGGUCAAGAUCAAGCUUCCUCAGAAGGUGGAUGGUUUCUGAAAUUUUGUUGGGAAUCGCUUAUGCUGUCCCAACAAGUGAUGAAGAGGUUCUAUGCUCUUUCAUGAAUUGUAACAUUGGCUAACACAGAUCUCAUGUAUCUUUUCUCCCUUUCAAAAAUUUGUCAAUUUUGAAAUGCGAA